AUGCCUGUUGACCUUUGGGGAAAGAGCUUCUAUGUUGCACCGUUUUCCUUUCAAACAAAGUCUGAUAUUGUUUUCAUUGUUGCAGCUAGCAACACAGAGGUGAGCUAUGACUUGGGCACUAAUAAAAGAAGCAUUAAUAUGGUGGAUGGACAAGUCCAAGAGAUAGAAAUGCCAGGUGAAACACUAUCAAUUACAGCAAGUAGUCCAAUACAAGUUAUGUCCUUCAACACUGGUGGAACUGCCAAAAGACUUAAUUAUAAUCCAGCAAUUAUGAAUAUCUUAGAUACAGGGAGCUACUGCUCCUCUUACUACAUCUAUGGUCAAAGGGACAUUGACAAUUACGCCAUUAUUAUAGCUAAGAAUGUCUCUGUUAACGGAAUUACUUUUGGUGGACUGAGAUUAAAAAAUCCAGUAUGGCAGCAAAUUCAUGGAACAGAUUACAUGUGGCUUCAAUAUUAUUAUGGGACCAGUUUCAUAUCUUACAUGGUGCAGCAUCCCACUGACUCGUUUGGCCUUCAGAGCAUUGGGGUUGGUGUUCAGUUCAGCUACGGCUCACCAGGAUCCUGUAUAAAAGGUCCUGAAGUACCACGUCCAUCUUGUAGAACCACUGUUUGUCCUUGGAGACACAAGUGCACUACGGAGAAUGGAAAGCCAAGGUGUAUUCCUCAGAAAGUGGAUGCGUGCUGGGCUUCAGGAGACCCCCAUUUCAAAACCUUUGAUUUGCAUCUCUUUGAUUUCAUGGGGACAUGCACAUAUACUCUGGUGAAUGUCUCUGAAGGUGCUGAGAAGAAUCUUAAACGCUUUACAGUUCUGGCCAAAAAUGAUAAUCGAGGAAAUACUCGUGUUUCCUAUGUGGCUCAGGUGACCUUCAAAACAAGCGGCUACACUAUCGAUAUCAAGAAAGGGGAAGUUGGCUCUGUGAGAAUCAAUAACAUUAAGUCCCUUCUGCCGGUGACCCUGAAUAAUGGAACUGACUCUCUAAUGAACAUUUUUCAAAGUGGGAACAAGGCAAUCAUCCAGUUCACGACUGAUGUAAUGGUAUCGUAUGAUUGGAAUAGCGUUUUGCGCAUUGAGCUCACAAGGCGUUAUUCGAAGAAUGUUGAUGGCAUGUGCGGGAAUUACAACCAGGAUCCGGCAGAUGACUUUCAAAUGCCUAGCGGCUCUCAGGCCCCUAAUGCCAUUGAGUUUGGAAAGAGGUGGAAAAUGGACAAUGGCACAGACUGCUGGGAUGACUGCAGUGGACCCUGUCUAACCUGCCCUCCAAAUGUGGCAGAUAAAUUUAAAACAGAUGGCUAUUGUGGGCUUAUUGCCAGGACCGAUAAGGGUCCCUUCAGCGCGUGUCAUUCUUUUGUGGAUCCCAGCACUUACAUGGAUAACUGUGUGUACGAUGUGUGUGUAAAUAAUGGUCACAAGCAGCUUUCAUGUCAGGCAAUUAAGGACUAUGCGGACAGCUGCCAGCAGGCAGGGGCGAACAUCACUGAAUGGAGAGAGGCGGCUGGAUGUCGCUUAGACUGCCCCCAGAACAGCACCUAUACACUCUGUGGGAGGACCUGUGCCCCAACGUGUCAAGAUCCAACUGCAUCAUCUCCAUGUUCUAAACUCUGUGUGGAGCAAUGUCAAUGUGAUCCAGGUUUCGUUCUGAUCGGAGGACAGUGUUUAUCAAAGGAAAACUGUGGUUGCUUUAUAAAUGGGCAUUCAUAUGCCCCUAACCAGUCAUUUUGGGGGGACGAUACCUGUAGCCAAAAGUGUAUUUGCAAUGGACAAACCCAGAAAGUGGAGUGCAGUAAAACAUCAUGCAGAGUUGGCGAAGAAUGUAAUGUGAGAGAAGGACUCCAAGGCUGUUACCCCACCACUUUCGGAAAGUGUAGUACCGGUAGCAGUACCCAUUACUUUACAUACGAUGGAGGUAAACAUGAUUUAACUGGCAACUGCAAGUACCAGCUCUCUGCCCUCUGUGACCACAGUCAAGGGUUAACUGAUUUCCAGGUCAACAUUCAGAAUCAGAAAGUAGGAAACUUGAACAUAUCAGUCGUUGCAAAGGUUGAAAUAGAAACUUAUGGGACAAAGAUUGAAAUUAGCAGACAGAAUGCCAAUCAAGUCAUGGUCAAUGGUUUGAUGCAGAAUCUGCCCUACAGCUACAAGGAUGGAGGUAUUACCAUGUAUCAGAACCCUAAUUCCAUAGUAAUCAGAACUGACUAUGGAUUGUCUGUGUCCUAUGACAGGUCAUGGAAUGUCAUGGUUACCCUUCCGAGCACUUAUACUCGGGCGGUUGGUGGUCUUUGCGGUAAUUUCGAUCAGAACAAAGAUAACGAUGUAACAAAUGAAGGAACAUCCCGAGCAUCACCCGCUGCAUUUUGUAAUAACUGGAAACAAGAUGCACAAUGUGAAGAUAUAGAUAGACCACAAUGUACUGGAUUGGCAGAAAAGGAACGGACACAGCGAGAUAAAGGCACCGAAUGUGGCAUUUUACUGGACAGUCGAGGCCCGUUCCAUAAAUGUCAUACGUUAGUGAAUCCUGAAAAUUAUUUCAAGAGCUGUACUUAUGUCUCCUGUAUUUUACCGAAACCCCAGAACUCCCUCUGCUCAGCUCUGUCUGCUUACACCACGGCAUGCCAGGUAGCUGGUGGCACCGUCCAACCCUGGCACAGUGACACGUUCUGCUCAUUAUCCUGUCCUCCUAACAGUCACUAUGAAGACUGUGCGAGUGACUGUCCUCUCACCUGCAAUGGCCUCACAACCCUAGCUGGCUGUGACUCUACCUGUAGUGAGGGCUGUGUCUGUGACAAUGGCUUUGUGCUGAGCGAAGCAUUGUGCAUCCCCCUUUCACAAUGUGGCUGUGUUUAUAACGGAGCCUAUUACACUCUCGGAGAGACUGUUUAUGAAGAGGAGAGUUGUUCGAAGAGAUGUACCUGCAGUAAUGGUGGUGAUAUGAUCUGCUUGCCAAACACUUGUUCUCCCAAUGAAGAUUGUGGCUUGGAAAAUGGUAAAUGGGGCUGUUACCCCAAAGGUUUAGCCAUCUGUACUGCACGUGGAAAUCUUCACUAUAACAACUUUGAUGGGCGCACCUAUGCCUCCCGGGGGCUGUGCUCUUAUGUAAUGGCUCAGAGCUGUGACAAUGGUAUGACUGGAGUGAGGACAAGUGGAGCUGACUUCAAGGUCAUCGUGCAGCAUGAAAAGUUUGUAAGCAGUGCUGCAGUGGUCAGACUCCAAACUGUGGAAAUCGAUGGGCAUACUAUUACCCCGACACGAAAGCAAAAAGGAACUGUCCAGGUAAAUGGAACAGAUUACAGAUUGCCUGUUACUUUACUUUCUGGAAAAGUCCGAGCUGAAUAUUACGGUCAGGGUAUCAUCAUUAGGACUGAUUUCAAUGUAGAGGUGACCUUUGAUCAAAUUUCUGGUGUCACAGUGUCUGUCCCGAGCACUUACAAGGGCAGGACCUGUGGGCUGUGCGGUAACUAUAAUGGAAAUGCUGACGAUGACAUGGGUUGGACGGCAAGCGGAAUUUAUACUUUUGGGGAAAAAUGGAAAAUGUCAGAUCCCAGCAAUUCCUGCUCUGUAGGAUGUGGUGCCAGCGAUAACCCUUGCCCCACGUGCGAAGGGCCGAAAACUGAAAUAUUUUCUAGAGAGAAUUACUGCGGCAUCAUGAGCUCAGCUAUAUUUGGCAAAUGCCAUUCUGUCAUCAGUUACAGUCAAUAUAUAAAGGACUGCAUUUAUGACCUGUGCCAGAGUGAUGGGGACCCCAGUAUAUUGUGUGAUAAUGUAGCGACCUACGCAGCUGCAUGCAAAGAUGCUGGCGGUCCGAGCAUUCAAUGGAGGAGAGAAGACUUCUGCGCUAUGGCCUGCCCCGUUCAUAGUCAUUACAGUGAAUGCUCGGAGCUCUGUUCCACCAGUUGUGCCACCCUCACUGACACGUAUGGCUGCUCCAAGACCUGCACUGAGGGCUGUGAAUGCGACACUGGCUACUUAUUCGAUGGUACAGAUUGCAAACCUGUAGAAGAAUGUGGCUGUUUUGGAAAUGGGCGGUAUUACAAGCUGAAUGAAACCGUGCUGAACGAGGACUGUAGCUAUCAGUGCAACUGUCAUCCCACCCUGGGCUUGAGCUGCCAUAAUUUUACCUCCUCAGAAGAUGAGAAAUGUCAAAUUCUGGACGGCAUCAGAGCACGUAUCAACAUUGAUCCAUGCAAGUCCAAACACUGUCGAUUGAAGGAAACAUGCAAACUCCAAGAUGGAAAAGCUAUUUGUGUUCCAGACUACACAUCUACUUGUGGGGCUUGGGGUGAUUCCCAUUUUAAAUCUUUUGAUGGUCGAACAUUUGAUUUUCAAGGAACCUGUACCUAUACUCUAGCCAAAUUCACUGGUGAAGACACUGACUUAGUACCUUUUCGAGUGGAAGCCAAAAAUGAUAAUGGUGGAGAUCAAGCAGUGUCUUCUGUCAGUAUGGUGACUUUUACGGUGCACAGCCUUGUGAUCUCAAUCCGUAAUAUGGAGUUCGGAAAAGUACGGGUUAAUGGCCUGUUGACAAAUCUACCCACCACCUUGGCAGAUGGGAAAAUAUCUAUGACUCAAAGUGGUAUGACUGCAAAAAUUGAAACUGAUUUUGCCCUGGAGGUCACUUAUGAUUAUAACUGGCAUGUUAACGUUAUUCUCCCAAGCAGCUAUCAUAACGCAGUAUUAGGUCUCUGUGGAAAUUUCAACCAAGAUCCGAAUGAUGACCAGAUGUCAUCCAAUGGUACACAGAUGUCAUUAAUUAAUGAAUGGGCAGAGCACUGGUCGGUUUAUGACCAAGACCCCUUCUGCUGGCACUCUUGUCCUGGGAACUGUCCAACUUGUGAGGAAAGUAAGAAACAUCUAUAUUCUGGUGAAGACUCCUGUGGUAUCCUAUUUAAAAAUGAUGGACCUUUCAGAGAAUGCAUAUCAGAAAUCUCUCCAAAUAACUACUUUAACAGUUGCCUCUAUGAUGCCUGCACUUAUAAUGGAGCCCAAGUGAUGGUUUGUCAAGCACUUGAGAGCUAUGCCAUCACCUGCUUGCAACAAGGAAUUAAAAUUUAUGACUGGCGAACCCCAUCUAACUGUCCUAUGAUUUGUGGAGAGAAUAGCCAUUAUGAAUCCUGUGGGAAUGCGUGCCCAGCAAGCUGCUCUGACAGACAUGCACCCUCGAGGUGUGUUAAGCCGUGCGUCGAGACUUGUCAGUGUAAUGAUAACUUUGUACUUAGUGUUGACGCAUGUGUGCCCAUAUCAAGGUGUGGAUGCCAGUACAAUGGACAGUAUUACCAACUCAACCAAGAAUUCUGGUCUGAUACAAAGUGCAAGGUCCUUUGCAAAUGUGAUCCAACAGUGGGAAUAGUAGUCUGCCAGCCAUCCAGCUGUAAAUCUGGGCAGACAUGCAUGGUUGACAAUGGAGUACUUGGAUGCUACCCUACCACAUAUACCACAUGCACACUAAGUACUUACGCUCAGUCAAUCACAUUUGAUGGGAGAACUUUUGAGUUUUUGGGAACUUGCAUGUACCAGCUAGUUGGAGUAACAUCAAAUGACUCAUCCCUAACGCAUUUCACCAUCAAUGCUCAAUAUGUUAUCCGUGGCAACAAAGCUGUGUCGCAAAUCAAAGAUGUCACAUUCCAAAUCCACAAUCCAACUGAGCAACGUAUAACAAUAAGCAGGGCCACAUCGAAACAAAUAGAGGUAAAUGGAAUUCUAACUGAACUGCCAUAUGUACAGAGUGGAGACAAUUCUCCGAAGAUCACUGUGCACUACAAUGGAAUUGUAACUCAAAUUAUGGUAGAUGUUGGCCUCACUGUUUCUAUUGACCAGUUUUUUUCUACACGAGUGACCCUACCCAGCACCUACACAGGGGCAGUAAACGGCUUGUGUGGUAACAACAACCAAGAUCUUGCUGAUGAUUUAGGCAUAGAGGAAGGACUUAUAACCAGCUCCGUGGUAGAAUUUGUAAAAUAUUGGAAAUUGGAAGAGAUACCAGGGUGCACUACAGAAAAUCCUAUAAACCCACCAUGCACCAACGUGCAGAGGGAACAUUACAAAGCUGAAACAUAUUGUGGAAUGAUUUCAAAUGCCAAUGGCCCCUUCAGCCUGUGCCAUGGUGUAAUUGACCCAGUUCCGUAUUUGGAAAACUGUGCACAUGCUGCCUGCAAGUACGGAGGAUACCGGCCUUUCGUCUGCCAUAGCAUAGCAUCUUAUGUUUCAGAAUGCCAGAGCAAAGGUGUUAAGAUCAAGGAAUGGAGGUCUCCACUUUUCUGCCCUAUGACCUGCUCACAGAACAGUCAUUAUGAACUGUGCGGAAAUGGCUGCCCCAACACCUGCUAUCGACUUUCACGGUCACCUCCAUCCAACUGUGUGCCGUCCUGCACUGAGGGGUGCUACUGUAAUAAUGGGUUCAUACUAAGUGGACAGGAUUGUGUCCCCAUCGCACAAUGUGGAUGCGUCUCUAAUGGAACAUACUUCAAAGCUGACGAGAAAUUCUACAAAGAUAGUCGCUGUCAAGAGAUAUGUAGCUGUGGGCAGAACAAUGCUCUCAGCUGCCAAAACCACGUGUGCGGGCUUAACGAGGAAUGCAAAGUAACACAAGGCCGUCUGGGUUGCCAAUCGAAAAUUGUUGGCCAUUGUACAGUACAGGGAGGUCAGCAUUAUAAAACCUUUGAUGGGCGCAAGUUUGAUUUCCAUGGCACCUGCACCUACACUUUGGUCAAAUUUAAUAAUGGCAAACAUAAUGUCUCAGUGACAAUGGAAAAUGCACCCAAUUCAAGGGGGUUUGUCUCAGGCCCCAAAUCAGUCACUGUGCAAAUAGGAGAUCAAAAUGUUCGUAUGGAGAUCGGUAGCGAGUGUACACUUAUGAUAAAAAAUGAGAAGUAUAACCUGCCUUAUCAGUCACGUGAUGGUCAAAUCCAGGUCAACAAAGAAGGAAACAAUAUGAUUUUCAGUGGCUUUGGUCUUAUUCUUACAUUUUCAUCUUCAAGAAAAAUUAAAGUAGAGCUUCUCAACAGCUUUGCUACGUCUAAUGAUGUUCCCAACUCCUUUGCUAGAUCUACUAAGGUUGAAAAUCCCUUUGCUAGGUAUACUGAAGGCAUCUGUGGAGAUUUUAAUGGUGAAUUAUCUAAUGAUUUCCAUUUUCCAAAUGGCAGCAUUGCUAAUGAUCCGGCACAGUUUGGUUCAUUCUGGGCUGUUGCUGGAGACUGGACAGAUUGUAAAGGUUGUAAGGGGACAUGCCCACAAUGUUCCCCAGAGGAAGAAAAAAAGGCCAGUUCAAACUCAAAAUGUGGGCUGAUAAGAGACCCCCUAGGACCAUUUAAAGAUUGCCAUGAUAUAGUGUCUCCAGACACCUAUCUGAAGGACUGUGUAAAUGAUAUGUGCACCGGAGAUGUUGGAGACCAAGCAUUGUGCAGGAAUUUACAAGCCUAUGCGGAGGAAUGCCAGGAUGCUGGAGCCAUCGUUGAUGGACUUUGGCGGAACAUUACCAGCUGCUCACUUCCCUGCCCAGCAAACAGCCAUUAUGAACAAUGCACAAAGACGUGCGAUUACUCUUGUAGUGGCCUUGUUGCAGAAAGCUCUUGCACUGACAGAUGUUUCGAGGGCUGUGAGUGCGAUGUCGGUUACCUGUUUGAUGGGAAUAAAUGCGUAACUCUGGGGCAAUGUGGCUGCCUCUACAAUGGGCGAUAUUUAAUGGCAGAUGAAAGUGUGGUGUCGGAGGACUGCAGCCAGCGAUGUACAUGCCAAGCCGGCUCCGUGUCCUGCCUGCAGUCCAGUUGCACAGAAAUUGAGAGAUGCCAGCUGAGAGAUGGUAUACGUGGGUGCUACUCACGGGAUUCAGAAUGUACCAUCAGUUCUGAGCAGCAUUUUGUCACUUUUGAUGGAGCCUCUGGCAUGUACCCCUCUGAAGGGGCCUUUGUGAUGGCAUCAUCUUGCAAUAUAAACAGGGAUUGGUGUUUCAGUGUGGUUGUGGACACAAGAAAAUGUCAAACUGGUUCAUCAAGCAGAAAAACCCUGCAUGUGUUCACCUCUGAAGGCCUGAUCACAGCAAGUGGAGCACAGGAAAUAUGGAUGAAUGGAGAGCACCUGCAAGCCCAAGAUACCAAAUCGUUUGAUUCUGCCCGGAUCAUAGUAUUUUCAUUAAACGUGACCAUUGAGGUGGUUGACCUGAUCACCGCAGUGUUACAUGAUGAUGGGAAGGUUACCUUGAUUGCUAAAGAAAAAUUAGCCAGAAAUUUAUCUGGAGCUUGCGGGAACUUCAACGGAGAUGGAAACGAUGAUCUUCGUCUGGACAAUGGGACACCAGCUAGCAGUGUCACAUACGCCAUACAUUCCUGGACAGCGAGAUACUUCUCCACAUGUGUCCCAUGAAGAGUGGCAGUUUGUGAGACGUUUUCUGCUUUUCCACCCUUUACCUCCGCUGGAACCCAUUUUGCUGUGAUAUCAGAUACAGCUCUGGAAAUGGCGUCCUAUAUAUAAUCAUUAUCUAAACACUUAUCUGUAAAACAUUCAUGUAUCCUACACAGAUCUUCCAUAAUUUUGUUUCAGCCAUAUAUUCUCUUUAUAUUAAUCUGUUAAUUAUUGGAGUGCGGAAGAUCUCUCUCACAGGUCACACAAAUUCUGAUUGUAUCGUCUACCCUUGGUGGAUUAAUAAAUGUUUUC